AUGGCUGCUGCAGUUCCGUUCUUGCGGGGUGGAAACCUCAACUUAGUUGUGCAGGCCGCUCCGAGCUACUGGACAGGGUACACGUCGAACGCCAUGCCCGGGUGGGCAGCCCUAAACAGCGACACGAGAAGAUUUGCCGUGGCCUUCCUCUUCAACUCGCUAAAGGCUCGGCACCUGGGCGCCCGGAAGCCGGCGUGGAUGGAUAGCACAGAGAGGAUUCGGCUAAUAAGUUAUCUAGAAGCAAUUCUAGAACCGACGUGUCCGCUCAUCAUCGGCUCGUGUCCUGCGGCAGCUCCUGGCGCGGCGAUCGCGCUCCCUGCUGCGACGGAGGUUGACCCAGCUGCUCCGGCUGGCACUCCCUUUCAGGACCAGCUGGUGAUGACAUACCGGGCUGGCGGUGCCGCUGCUACUUGGGCGGGGGAUGUGACCACAGUUACGUUGCCACAGGCGCUAGCUGCGCAAGCGGAGCAUUACAUGAGCGCUCAAUUUACGUUCGUCCUUGCGCUUGCUAAGAAGGGCGACAGGACACGCCAGUUCAGCGCGAAGGCAACCAGAGGUCUCCAGCUCGAAUUAGGACUCUCCAACCUGGAAAUCUACAGCGAUGAGGUCGCCUGGAUUGCUACUCGAGUCAUUAACUCCGCGAGUCUUCCGACCGAAGCCGCGUGGGCUAAUCUGCAGCAUCCCAACUUUGACUGGGUCGCCGUGGACCGUGCGUUCCCGGGAGAGCUGCAACAUGCUCAGACUACGCACACGGUGCUAGCAACAGAGCCCUAUCGGGUGUUCCAUCACCCAAAUCCGGCCGGACCGUGGCAGCCGACUGCGUUUCAGAACGCAAGCCAUGUAGCAUUCCUCCUGCUGCAAGCGUGUGGCGACGUGUCCCUUGCUUCUUCCGCCGGGUUCAGGAACCACAACCUACUGGGGCUCGCCACUUGGCAGGGUCAUUGUGCUGCAUACGCGACGGCAAAUGCUAACGCCAGGCUAGGAGCAGUCGAUGUGACUGCCACAGCUGCCCACCCAGUAGCAGGCGUCAUUUUGUAA